AUGUAUCUGGCUUGGAUGGUCGUCAUAAUCCUAUGGCCAGAGUGGAGUGCGGGAGCAGAUCGUAAGAUCGUAUACAAAACUACAAAUAUUGAGUGUAUUACUAACCCGAAACGAGUUGAGAACGUCUCUUGUUACGUUAAGGCGAUCAAUUGGAAUAAGGCAGUUGCUCAAAUGGACUGCGAUCUCAUUGUGCCAAUACGAAAUUUUUCGGUUCAGUUUGAGGCAUUUAAGAAGGGCUACAGCAAUCAAUACCACCCCUUCCUGGUCAACGUCACCUUUAAUGCAUGUGAGAUCAUUGCAAAAAGAAAUUUCUUACCCUACGGAACACUUAUGUACAAAAUAAUCAAAGAGUAUUCAAAUGCCAACCACAGCUGCCCUUUUGAGGCUCUUACUUGUUUUCCGUAA